AUGGCUACUGCUACAAGCUUGGACAAGUCUGCCGUUGACGCCAGCUCAAUGGAGAAGAAGAUCGAGGCCGGCAACAACGAUCCCAUGCUUGGUGAGCUUAGGAAUGCCGACGGAUCGUCGCUGCGCAGCGGCGAGGAUAUCCUCUCCCUGCAAGAUCUCGAUCCUGCCCUGAACAUGAAGAUGCAUCUUGUGAACAACGCAAUUGAUGAGAUUGGUUGGACUGGCUACCACUGGAAGCUGUUCUUCCUCAAUGGGUUUGGCUACGCUGUGGACUCCUUGAUUCUCCUCUUCCAAUCCAUCGUCGCCCCCGCGGCUUACCUCGAGUUCGGCCAGAAGGGCUACUCCAAUGCACUCACCAUUGCCGUAUAUGUCGGCAUGCUGACAGGCGCCCUCUUCUGGGGCUUCAGCGCCGAUGUCAUUGGACGCAAGUGGGCUUUUAACAUUACCCUCUUCAUUUGUUCCGCAAGCUGCAUUCUAGCUGGUGCUAUGCCCAACUGGCCAGCCCUCGCAUUCUUCAUUGCCCUCCUCGGCUUUGGCGGUGGCGGCAAUCUCAUCUUGGAUACGACCGUCUUCCUCGAGUAUCUUCCGAGCAACAAGCAGUGGCUGCUGACCUUCUUGGCGGCUUGGUGGGGUCUUGGACAGGCCGUCACCGGCUUCAUUGCUUGGGGUUUCAUGGUUCCCGCGAAGUGGAACUGCACCGAUGUCGACACCUGUACCAAAGCCAACAACUGGGGCUGGCGAUAUAUGCUCUUCACUGGUGGUGCCCUGGUCUUCGUCAUGUCGGUCCUUCGUAUCACCGUCGUCAGGCUACGCGAGACGCCCAAGUACCUUUUAGGCCUUGGGGAGGAUGCCAAGGUGGUGGAAACGUUCCAGUUCCUGGCCGCCAAGUACAACCGCCCAUGCUCGCUGACUCUGGAGAAGCUCGAGGCCUGCGGACAGAUUCAGUCGGCCCACAGCAAGAGCCGUUUCUCUCUGUCCGAAACCCGCAUUCACUUCCGUGGGCUCUUCAUCAACAAGAAGAUGACCAUCUCCACGAUCCUCGUCUGGCUGUCGUGGGCUUUGAUCGGCCUCAUCUACCCUCUCUUCUACGUCUUUCUUCCCACCUACCUUGAGAACCACGGCAGAGUCUUCAACCGUACCACCUUCGAGACCUGGCGCAACUACUGCCUUACCAACAUCUGCGGUAUUCCCGGACCGAUCAUUGCAGGCUACAUGUGCAACACGAAGCUGCUUGGCCGCAAAUACACCAUGGCUAUCGGUGCUCUGAUCACGAUGGUCUUCUUCUUUGCUUACACCGCCGUCGAGACGGCAGCCCAGGACACGGCCUUUACCUGCUUGAUCGCGUGUUUCCUCAACAUUUACUACGGUACUCUCUACGCUUAUACUCCGGAGGUGCUUCCAAGCGCACACCGUGGUACUGGUAACGGCGUUGCCGUGGCUUUCAACCGAAUCAUGGGUAUUGUAUCAGCUAUCGUGGCAACCUUUGCAAACACACAAACGUCAGCGCCUCUGUAUAUCUGCGCCAGUCUGUUCAUCCUUGCUGCCGGUAUUGCUGUAGUGUUCCCCUUUGAGCCCUAUGGACGGCGCAGCUCAUGA